GUCCCCAAGUUCGUCAGUUGUACAGCUGAUAUGAGAGUGACGUCAGUAAAACAAAGCCAUGCGCGGUCGAUCGCAGCCGCGAAGUAAACCGAACAGACCGAGGUGUAUUACGAGCAAACAUUGAGCGUCCGUGAUACAGUGAAACGAUGCCGUUCAUAUCAAAGGAUUGGCGCAGUCCUGGUGAAGAAUGGGUGAAAACUGUCGAAGGUUGGGAAAAGAAAAAAAUCCUCGAGUGCGCCAACAAUAAAACACUUUCUCUCUUGCUUCGCGGCGACAAAGAUGCGCUUGACAAAAAAGAGAAGGAUAAAAAGAAAGAAAACGCCGUCCAACCGCAUUGCCGCAUCACGCUGAAAUGCACCCGCGAGAUCGCUGGUUUCAACGGUUUAAGCGAUGCUCUGAAACGGCUGGACUUUUUAUCCGCGGUACAUGAUUGCCGGCGAUUCAAUUACAUCGUGCGACUAUUGGAUCUUUUGGUCAGUCACAGAAUGGGUGGUCUUAGUGGAUGUGCUCAACGAGUUCUCUUUAAUAUGUUGGAAGAAGUUGCUUUAGAAGUAUCAUUAUCACAGCAACAAACUGGAAAACUUCGUCGAUUGAUCGAAAGAGUACGAGCUUUCAGCGCUAGUUGCUGUUGGGGUGGCAGACCCUUGGGUUCUGUAGUAUUAUGGGAGAAACAUAAAGCUGCUUUAGAGAGAAUAUUACAAAUUGCUUCGUCCAUCACUAUAACACAGCCGGAUGAGAAACAACAACCGCAAUGGUCAGAUUUACCCGCAGAAUGCCGUCGAGAAGUUCUCCUUCGAUUAAGUGAUCCACGAGAUAUUGAAGCAUCUUCAGAGGCUUGCGAACAUCUAGCUAUUCUUGCGCAAGAACAAAGAAUCUGGCGGGAACUUGCUCAGUACCAUUUCACGCCCCAACAAAUAGCUUCUACAAGACAACAUAAUCCGGGAAAAGACUGGAAAACUAUAUUUACUAUCGCACGAAGAUCAUUUGGUUUGCGAGAAGAAUAUGCAGAGAUAAUUCAAUUAUGCCGCAAUUGCCGUUGCUUAUUUUGGCGAUCACUCGGGCAUCCCUGUAUCGCUGAUCAGGAUCCAGCCUUUCAAGAAAAAUUGGCAGACGUUGAUAGAGCGUCUCUUCAUGUUCCGAUUCCUCCGCAGACUUUUCUCAAAUUUUUUUCUCUAUGAAACAAACAAACAGACAGACAGAGAAGAGGGGAUUUAUGCUUUUACUUUUCUAGCCUUUCUUGACAAAGGAAAUACUAUUUAGAAAAGUAUGCACAUAAACCAUAAAAAUCUUCGAUAUUCUGCAUUUCCUCUGCCUUGUCUCGUCAUCGAUAAAUGCAUCAAAAAACAUACAAAAUACAUUCAUUUUCGCUUAAAUAUCUCCUCUCUCGUUCAAAUAUUAGUUUCGAAUGCUUAAAUUUCUAAUAAUUUUUUAUUUAAAUAUCAACUUAAUUCGUUCUUUCAAAAAUAUUGGCAAAAGAAAAAAAAUUAAAACAUCGUAAAUGUUUUGUUUUUUUUCUAAUAUCUUAUAUCAUAUAUCCAAUGAAUGUUAUCAUGUUCUUCUCAUUUCAUAAUUUUCUCGAUGUUGAAUGAAAUCAAUAAAUUAUAUUAAUAUAGUCCAAGUUAUCCUUUUCAAAAUAUUAGGAAUUUUUUUCACUUGAUUAAUAAUAUUCUUUGUUUUACAAUGAUUAACAUGAAUGAUUAUUGAGUUUAAAACAUAAUUAUUCACGAUGAUAUUGUUUAUUUAUUAAAAAUAUAUUUAUAAUAUAUGCAUGAAUGGAAUUUAGUUUAGAUUAGCUUUGUUUAUUAUUGAGAUUGCAUUGUUGUUCCUGGCAGUUUUUUUGAUAUUUUAUUCAUGUAGAUAAUACCAAUUUUAUGUACAUUCUAAAUUGCAUUUAUGUUUUUUUAUAGAUUUUCUUAUUUUUUAUUAUCAUUGUCAUAAACAUAAUUAUAGAUAUAGCAAUCAGAACAUGCAUUAUUAGCUCAUCUUAUAAAUAACAUCGUUUUUUUAUUUUAAUUAUUAGUGUGUAAUAUUAAUAUUUACAUUUAUUAUUAAUUCAUUAUUAAUUUUUCUAUUAUGUUAAUUUUUUAUCAAUCAAUUUUAUAUCGAAAUUUCUAAAACUAAUAUUAAUAUUUUAUUAUAUUUAUUUUUAAUAAUUAUAUAUUUUUAAUUACAUGUAUCUGUUAUCUGUUUUUAAGUACAGAGUAUACAAUAUUAAAAAUGAUUUAUGAUUGUUAAUAUUUGAUCUUCUGAUUUUUUUAAAAAUAUCAAUUUAAUGAAAUCAAUUAAUUAAAAUACUUCUUGUAUUUUAUAAUAUAUAAAUAUAUUAUAUAAAUAUAUUAUAAAAUAUAAUAUAUAUAUAUAUAAAUUAAAAUAUAUUUUAUAAAAUAAAUAACAAAGCAAUAUUACUUAUAGGAUGAGCUAAUAUAAGAGAUCUUAUUUUUAAAAUAAAAUAAAUAAAAAAACAAAAUAGAUAUAUUUAAGAUAUAUAUUGCAAAUUUAAAUUAUAUAUAUAUAUAUAUUUUUUUCUUUUUUUCUAAAGAAAAGAGGAGGGGAACAAAAAAAUGAUAUAUUCACAUAAAGAAUAUAAUUAUUUUCUUUAGUAAGCAUUUAUUAUAUAUUUAACUAUAACAUUAAAUUUUUAAAUGUUUCAUGAAUACAUAGAUAUUAUAAUUGAUUAAGUGAUGAUUAAUUUGGAAUACUGGAAAUUAUACUGCCAAAAUCGAUACUAUUGCAUUUAUCUAUAUCGAUGCCUUUUUUUUUGUAUUCUCUAUUUAAAUAUUAUAUACACAUAAUAGAAUUCUUUCGAUAUAUUACUUCCCUUAUAUAAUGCAAUCAUAUUGUAAAUUAAAUUAUGUAUGCAUCGUACUAUAUAUCUUUCCGAAAUUGUAAAGCAAUGUAUAUAUAAUAUAUAUUGUAUUCUACAAUGAAUAUUCGGAAAAUGAAAAUGGAAAUACGAACUGUAUUUUUCAGUUUAAUAUUUUAGUAAAUAGUUGAUAUAAUUUGAAAUUUAUUUUAUUUUCUGUAUUUUUUUAUACUGACGCAACAUUUCUUUUUACACAUUGUAAAGCAAUGUUGUGUCAGAUGCUUCAAAAUAAAAAAUUUAUUUGUGUAUAUA